AUGGACUCUUUUCUCCACAACAAAGUCUCAGAAGGCGUGGCUUUAGUUGAACGGAUGGUGCUGAAAGGUUGUCAACCAGAUUUGCUUACUUAUGGUGCGUUGCAUCCGGAUGAUGCUCUCAACCUAUUAACUGAAAUGGAGAAGAAAGGUAUUAGACCGACGUUGUUCACCUACAACACCCUGAUAAGCUGCCUUUGUAAUUACGGAAGAUGGGAAGAUGCUGCUGGACUACUGAGUGAUAUGAUUGAGAAGAAAAUCAACCCGGAUGUUGUUACGUUCAAUGCAUUGAUCGAUGCGUUUGUGAAAGAGGGGAAGCUUUUGGAGGCUGAAAAUUAUCGCCUAGAGGAGGCCAAGCAGAUGUUUGAUUUAUGGUUAGCAAGAUUGUCUCCCAAACGUUGUGACAUACAUACUCUGAUAAAUGGAUUUUGCAAGUCUAAGAGGGUAGAGGAUGGCAUGGAACUGUUUCGUGAGAUGUCUCAAAGAGGAUUGGUUGGCAACACAGUCACUUACAACACUCUUAUCCAAGGGUUUUUCCAAGCUGGAGAUUGUGAGAGUGCCCAACAAGUUUUCAAACAGAUGGUUUCUGUGGUGUGCCUCCCAGUAUUAUGGACAUACAACAUUUUGUUAGAUGGGCUCUGUAAAAACGGGAAGCUAGAGAAAGCAUUGGUCAUAUUCCAGGAUAUGCAAAAGAGUGAAAUGGAACUUAUAUUUUCACUAUAA